CCUCUGUCCCGUGAAACCAAGGCUCCGGCAGCAGCCCCCACCAGAAUCGAGGUCACCAUCCCAAUACCCCUGGACAUGUACCAAGGCUCUGGAACCCCCGAAGGCAGCAGUGAGCUGUGGGACCAGGGAGGCAGAGAAGGCCUGGCAGGAGCAGGUGGCACAGGUGGCCACAAAGAUGGACCAUCUCCUUUGUGUGCCAGAACCCCAAUAAAAGAAGAUUCCGGCGGACGGGAGAGGGAUGGGGACCGGGAUAUUGAUGAAACUUCAGGGCAGGGUUUGCCUUCCCUUGUGGAUCAGCGUUUUUCUCUGGGACCUGAAAAGGGCUCAUGUCCAGCAGCUGCCCAGGAGACUCGUGAAGAAUAUGAUGGAGAAAACAAGUCCAAAGGUGUCCUCAGAGACACUCCAGGAGAGGCACUUCUGGUUGAAGCUGAGUCACAUAAAGCAGGAGAGGACCAAGAGGAGAAGCGAGAGCUGCUGGGGGGAGAAGGAGGUCCAGACACCACCCUAUCAGAGCCUUCUGGAAGUGUCUCCCAAAAAGAGGCUGAGCCCAGGGAGGGAGAAGAUUCUGGGCCUGUGCUAGAAACAGCCAAACUCCCUGCUGAGGUAGAAGAUGAUGUGAAGAAGGUGGAUGAAGGUGCUCCUUUGGGAGAGGCUGUGCCGGACGCAGGGGGCCGCCGGACGCCCAGGAGGAAGCCCGGUGGGCUGGCUGCAGACAAGGCCAGUCGUGUGCCUCUGCUCAAAGGUCGUGUUGACAAGGACGGGACCGAAGCUGAUGAAAAGAAACCCAAGAAAUCCUCACCUUGCCCUGCCAAACCCCCCGGCUCCAUGCCCCCCCUCCGGCACGCAGCCCCUCCGAAAGCACCCUCCAGCCCUGCCUCUGCCUCCAAACCAGCCUGUCCUGCCACCCCCCGGCCUGCCAGCACAGGAGUGCAGGGAACAAAAGCCAAGGGCCCGGAGGCGAGGGGUGGCUCCAAGACGGGCACGGCGCGCGCGGGGCAGGCGCAGAGGAACUCCACCAACGCCACCCGCAUCCCGGCCAAGACCCCCACGGCCCCCAAGACCCCUCCCAGCUCCGGUGAGCAGCCCAAGUCUGGAGACAGAAGCGGUUACAGCAGUCCCGGCUCCCCCGGGACUCCAGGCAGCCGUUCCCGCACCCCCUCUCUGCCCACCCCACCAGCCAGGGAGCCCAAGAAGGUGGCAGUGGUUCGCACCCCCCCGAAAUCUCCCGCCUCUGCCAAGACCCGCGUCCAGCCCUCGGCCGCGCCCAUGCCCGACCUGAAAAACGUCAAGUCCAAAAUCGGCUCCACUGACAACCUGAAGCACCAGCCCGGAGGUGGCAAGGUGCAGAUAAUUAAUAAGAAGCUGGACUUUAGCAGCGUUCAAUCCAAGUGUGGCUCAAAGGAUAAUAUCAAACACAUCCCGGGCGGAGGCAGUGUGCAGAUAAUUAAUAAGAAGCUGGACUUUAGCAGCGUUCAAUCCAGGUGUGGCUCAAAGGAUAAUAUCAAACACAUCCCGGGCGGAGGCAGUGUGCAAAUCGUUUACAAGCCAGUCGACCUGAGCCACGUGACAUCCAAAUGUGGUUCCCUGGGCAACAUCCACCACAAACCAGGUGGUGGCCAGGUGGAGGUGAAAUCUGAGAAACUGGACUUCAAAGAUAAGGUGCAGUCGAAAAUCGGGUCCCUAGAUAACAUCAGCCACGUCCCUGGAGGAGGCAAUAAAAAGAUUGAGACUCACAAGCUGACCUUCCGCGAGAACGCCAAAGCCAAGACCGACCACGGCGCCGAAAUCGUCUACAAGUCCCCGACCAUCUCCGGAGAUGCCUCCCCGCGCCGCCUUAGCAACGUCUCCUCCACCGGCAGCAUCAACCUGGUGGACUCCCCCCAGCUGGCCACGCUAGCCGACGAGGUGUCCGCCUCGCUGGCCAAGCAGGGCUUGUGAUCGCGGCACGGCGGCCACCAGGAGAGAAGACAAGGAAAGGAAACGAAAAAGAAAAGAAACAAAAAUAAUAAUCUGGCCUUCUUCCUCUGUUCCUUUUACAGCUGCUUCCCCGUCCCUAACUGGUUAAUGAUUUAACCUGCUUUUACUGUUCAUUCAGCUCUAGCUCCAGGACUUCAAAAUCAGUGACACUAUGAGGUACAAAACCUCCUCUCCCCCUGCUCCUCGGAGCGCACAGCCCGUCCCGUCCCCGUCCCCGCGCUCCUGCCGCGUCCCUCGCUGUCCCUGCCCGGGGCCACCCGGCAAGGCGGGGAGGGGGCCCGAGGGGCGGCCACAGCACGACGCUGCCCCGAGCACCCCACACCAGCACAGGGCAGCGGGUGGCCCUCCCGGGAAGGGGCUGUGACCUCGCCCAGCUCGUGUCCUGCCGCUGGCCGGGCUGGCCCGCGGGCCGGCCGCGUCCUGGGUGCGCAGCCAGGGCUGCAGGGAGGUGCCCUCCCUCCCCGCGUUAAAUUUGCCUGCUGAUUUGGAAGAAACCUUUUGUUUUUAUUUCCGAAAGCCGAGAUGUGUAUGAAGAUAACGGCCAGGUACCCCCUAACCCGCUCUCAGCUCCGGCAGCUGGAGUUCCGGCAACGCCGGGUGCCCGCUCCGAGGGGCCCCGGGCGGCCGUUCCCCUCUCCGUGGCUGUGCUGGAACCGCUGAGUGGAUGAGUAGAGGCUUUCCCCCCAUUCCUUUGGCAGCCCCUCGUGUCGUAGAGUAGAUUUGUCUGUAUAUGCUUGGACCGUGCCAGGGUGAUUGUUUUCAUAAACGAGCAUGUGUUUAAAAAAAAAUAAAUGCUGUAAGUAGUUUUGAGCUGCCCCGCGCCGGCUCCGCCGCAGCCCAGCCGGGGGGCCCGGGGAGCUCGGUGGGCUCCGGGCCGUGCCCAGCCCCGGUGCCGCAGGAGCAGCCCGGCACCGCAUGCCUGCCGGGGGGCCGGGCGGCGCCCCGGAGCUCGGAGGAGGGGCACUCACAGCUCCAGGGCUGCGAUGGCUCCUGGAUUUGGGUGCAGCUUGUGACAUUUUUGGGUUGUUCUUUUUCUUUCCCUGCAAGGUCAGCUCAGCGAUGGCGGAGGUGGCAGCUCCAUGGCUCUGCUGUGCCGGUGGCAGCGGUGAGACCCCGGCAGGACGCGGGGGAGGCGGCAGCAGCUCCCCCAGCCCGGGGCCGGUGGCUGCUCCCUGGCACUGAAGCCCCUUUCCGGGCACUCCCCGGUGUGAGUUGGCAGCAUCUCACCCCUCACACAGCACUGACCACCCCAGCACCACUCGGGGACAGGAGCCAGUCGAGUUAUUGCUUUGGCUGCUUUUGUUCCUGUGGCUCCCUGGGGAGCACGAGGAGGUCCCGGGGCUGUCCCCACCUGCCCCUUCCCUCUACAACCAAAGAGGCCGAGAUGCCACCAGUGCAGCUGCGUGUGUCCUCCUGCCCUGUCUCCCCCAGGGGCCCCAGCCGAGCUCUGGGGGUUCAGCUGGAGGUGGGAGGGCAGAGGGGCCCCGGUGGGGCUGCAGCCCCGGGCUGUGCUGCAGGGAAAGCCGUGCUUUCCCAGCAAGGGCUGGAAUCCUGGUCUGACAGGGCUGGCGGGGGGUCAGGGCCCCUGGUUGUCCUUGGGGUGGUGGCUGGGUGCCACCAAGGCUGUCAGAGCAGCUGUUCCUGGGCAGAGCAGCAAUUUUUCCCUGGACAGGACCUGCUCCCAUCCCACGGGAGCUGCGAACCCGCUGUCACCGCUGUCCCUCUGCGGGGCUGGGCUGCCGCAGGCCUGGCUGUGGAUGGAGAUGGUCUGGGGGGGUCCAACCCUUCUCUCUGCAGCCCCGGGAGCUGCUUUAUUGCUGGGGAGAGGCUGGUCCAGCACCACCAUCAUGUCCAGCUUGUCACUCGCUCCGUUCACUUGACUCCAUGAUUGUAAGGCUCUGUGCUCCGUCCCUGACUCUGUAGCGCUGCAGGAGCCGCCGCGCUUUUUGUCCUUUGUAGAACGAGCAAGUUGGGAGAACCCUCAAAGCAUCACCUCCUUACCCCUUGUGGGCUGCAGGACGGGGUAGCUGAGCUCGCCCGUCCUGUGCCACCCCUGUCCCCUCCGUGCAGCCCGAGGGACACCAGCACCCGGGGCUGGGAUGUCCUUGGUGUGCUCCGAGCUCCAGUGAGCAGCCCCUUCCUACUCUUGAGUGUCCUCAGCCCCGGCCCUUGUCCCCCCCGGGGGCUGUGGGGUGCCAGGACAGCCCUUUCCAUCCCCCACGUCACCCGCUGUCCCCUCCAGCAGCCCGAGCCACGUCCCCUGCCCCAACCCUGUGUUCAGACCCAGGCCUGAGGGUCCGGUGAGCGGCCGGACAACCUGACCCCCGGCUUUUCCUUUACUCCACACACAUCUUUGGUCUGAAAAGGGUUAAAACCGGCACUGAUUUAAAAAAAAAAAAAAAAAAAUUUAAUUCGUAUUUCUGCACUCCAAAAGAUUCUGCGUGUUAGCAAAGGUCGGUGCCAGCCUGUGUGGUGUUGGCAGACCCGUGCCCCCCGCGCUGCGCCGGGGAGGGGAGGGAAGGUUUGAUCUCAGUGUAUCAUUCUAGCUUAGCUUCUGUCUGUGGGUGUCCAUAGUGUAUCGUGUGUUUAACAACUGGUUUACACUGUUGCCGUAAAAGUGAAUUUGGAAAUAAAGUCAUUACUACGAUAA